AUGGAUUGGCCUCGAGCCACCUUGGUGACUUUCUUGGGUUCUCCCUUUACAACCUUUUUGUACCGAUCGCUGUUUAAUUACUCCGAAGAUUUAGAUUUACAAAAAAAGUUUAGACUCUCUAAUCGCACACUUGGCUUUGACCAUAUUUAUGUUGUUCAUCUUGACCAUCGAACGGAUAGACGUGAAAGAUUAGAUGAAAUAGCAACAUAUCAUGGAUUAGACUUUGAUUAUUUUUCUGCCGUUUCUAAUCAUGAUGAACACAUUCUCAAAAAGUAUGGUUCAGCGGAUAUGAGCCCUUCUCAAAAGGCUUGUUAUCUAAGUCAUUAUUCAAUCUAUAAACGGAUGAUUGAUAGGGGAUAUAAUAGCGUCUUAAUUUUAGAAGAUGAUGCAGACUUUGAACUUAAUAUUACUGAUAUUAUGACUGAUAUUCAUCGUGACUUGCCUGCUUCUUGGGAAACGUUAUACGUGGGUCAUUGCUUUGAAGGUAUCGGUGAACAAGUCGGAAAAACUUCUUCUGUCCAUAGAUUAUAUAAGUCUGUGUUUCCAAUGUGCACGCAUGCUUAUGCUGUUUCGUAUUCUGGUGCUCGCAAGCUAAUAGAACUGCUUGAUCCUGUGAUUCCACGUGGAACGAUUGAUUAUUCUCUUGCGGUAGUAAUUAGUGAAGGAGAUGUUUCUUCAUAUAGUGUUCAUCCACAACCUAUUGUGCAAUGGAUUGCUGAUGACAAUCCAACCGAUAUCCCUAAAUCUCUACCACUAUUCUUUAGUUUAUUAAAUUCAACUUUACGCUUUCUUGGGCAUAAUACAUAG